CCGGGGGGAAGGGGAAGGGGCCGGGUGCCCGGUGCCAGAGCCCCGCGGAGCGGUAAUGGCGGCGGCUCCGCCUGCGGGAUGCGGCCGCUGCUCCGGGGGCUCCGAGCGCCGCCGGCCCCCCUCGGGGAGACACCGACCCGGGGAAGGGCAGGGCAGGGCAGAGCAGAGGCCGCCCCGGCCGCUGGAGGAAGGGGAUCCCCCCGUGCCGUGCAGCGUAGGCCAUAAAGCAGCACCGAAACGCAGAGCCCGGCGAGUUACAUGAGUUAAAUCCACCCCCGUGCAAAAGAAGGAUUUUAGGAUUUGGAAGGACUGCUUGUGCUGAACGCUGCCAGACCACGUUUAUUGUGCGCUUAUUAAAUACACGUCCUGUGUAGCACGGUUUAUGUUGCCUAAUUCCCCACGUGAUGGAACAAAGCUUUUCUUGACCAGCAUGGAUAUAUAAACACUUUCGAGAUGGUUAAGAACUGUUGUGAAGAACCAAAUGGAAUGACAAGAGGGAGCACCCACUUCUACUGAUGCCUAAUUUGUACAUUUGGCAGUAUGGUUUCCUGACAGAAGAGUUUGUUAUAUUUUUUUAAAAACUCCAAAUCUUUAUUAAAUAUGAAACCAGUGGUGGUUUUGGAAAGAUGAGAAGGGACCCACUGCGGGGCAACUCGGUGAAGCUGAAAAUGUCUGCUCUUCUUGUUGUGUACAUCCUGGUUAUGAGAGGUUUCUUGUGACUUCUAAGUUUGUUACCAUUGACCUCAUGUGAACAAAACAAAAAGCAAGCUGAUUUUGGAAAACAAAAUGCCACGGAGAAGGAAAACGGGUGGAAGUCCCUCUCGGAGGAAUGGAACUGCUGUAUUUCAAGGGGACCCAAGCCUCUCAGUGUCACAAGCAGCAUACAGUGUCAAUAAGGAAGAGCUCUUCAACAGCAUGUCAGAAAUGUUUUCUGACUUGGAUCCUAGUGUGGUUUAUAUGGUUCUGUCUGAAUGUGAUUUUAAAGUAGAAAAUGCUAUGGAUUAUCUGCUAGAGCUGUCUACUCAUGCCGAGGGAGCAGUAUCUUCAAAAAUCUCAGGUUUUGAUACAGUAGUAUCAUCACUAGCUCUUGUUAAUCAGCAAAGAUCUGUUGCAAAUCAAAGAACAGGGGGAAGUACUGCAGAACACAGUAAUUCUGAAGAAGAAAAAGAAAAGGUCUUAUCGCCUGAUGUGCAGCUGACCGAAGAACUGGAUUCCUUAAUAGAAAAUGCCUUUCAGAGAUACAGCUUGAGUGAUGAAUUGCCUAAUUCUGUAAAUGACCAAAUUGUAUGUGAACACGAUGGCUUUAAUGAAUUUCCUCAGUGGGAAGAAUCUGAUUCAGGUUGCAAUGUCCUACAUUUCCCACAGCAAAUAGGGACAAAUGAUGAGGUUUUAGAAAACCUUUGCUGUUCUCAGCCACCAGUGAGCCAACUGAGCAUCCAGACAAGCUCCCCAGCUGCAUCAGACACUGUUGCACAAGUAUUGGAAGAUUCUGGUUGGUCAGAAAUGCAUGUUCACCAUGAUGUAGCUUCAGAAGCCUGUAAAAAAUCAAGUGGAGAAAUGUCAUGUGGAAAUUCUGAUCAGGCACAAGAUACUGUUCCAGAUCAUAAAAGUGAAACUGCUGCUUCUGGUGAGUCCUCCCAAAGACCUCUGGAACUUGGAGCAGCUGUCAAUGAAAACCCUAAUUCAAAGUGCAUGGAACAGGACAGAAAGGUAAUGACUGCCUGUAACAGCCACCAGAGCGCUUCUCUUCCAGAGGCAUCUCUUGAAAGAUCCAGUUUCAAAACACCAAAACUUGUAGAUUUUGAGCAAUCUCAGCAGGGUUAUAACUCAAACUUUUCUAUGCCGUCAUGUCAAACUCAGCAACAGUGGAACCUCAUGGCUCCUGCGUUUUAUCCUUCCAGUGGAAACCACAGCUUUGUAACUCCUGUGGCUGCCAGUCCAGGGCAGUGGAGGCCUAUUUCAGACUAUAGGAAUUUGGAAGAAGGACUUUUUUUUUCUUCUCCAGCGGUUUCAAAUGCCUGGGAUAGCAAUCCUUCUCUGAAGGUAUGGGGAAAUCAAGAUAGAAACUCAAAAUUGAACCUCUCGCAAGCACAGCAACCACCUGUUUGUCACAUGAUGAGAAAAAAGAUGCACCUUAUAGGUCAAGUACUUGUUCUUCUCAGAGGUGUUCCAGGAUCAGGAAAAUCAUAUUUGGCAAGGACUUUGCUGGAGGAUAAUCCAGGUGGAGUCAUUCUUAGUAGUGAUGAUUACUUUUAUAAACAUGGACAAUACCAUUAUGAUCCUGAUUGCUUAGGGGAAGCACAUGACUGGAACAGGAAACGAGCCAAAGAAGCAUUUGAAAGGAGAAUCUCUCCUAUAAUAAUAGACAACACAAACAUACAAGCAUGGGAGAUGAAGCCCUAUGUUACAUUGGCUCAGCAGUUCAAAUACAAAGUCAUGUUCCGCGAACCAGACACUUGGUGGAAGUUUAAACCAAAAGAACUUGAAAAGCGGAAUAUUCAUGGUGUAUCUAAAGAAAAGAUCAAGAGAAUGUUGGAGCGGUAUGAACGUUGCCUUAGUAUUAGAUCAAUCUUGGAUUCUUCAGUCCCAGACAAAUCAGAAGUUGCUGCCUGGAGUGAAGAUCCUCCUUGUCAGGAGGAGAGUAAUAGAGAGAGAGAGGAGCAUUCUGGUAUAAAGGAAGAAAAAACAUUUGCUUCUGAUCCCGUGCCUCUUGAAUCACCUGAAGAUGAUAAACAUGUUUCUGGUUCUUCUCUAACUUUAGAAAGUAGCUGUACUCCUGAACAUUUUCAGAAAGAGGAAAACAAAACAGAAAAUAACUCCGUGGAACACAGUACUGAGAACAGCACUGUUCAAGGUGACUUGGAUGUUGAUUUGUCAGGCUGUGUAGAAAAAGAACUGCCCUUGGAGAAACACGAAGAAAAGGGAGAAGGAAUGGAAAGAAUUACUGAAACAGAAGUGGAUGAGGUUGAGGUGACCGCAACUGAAGAGACCUUACACUUAGGAGGAGCUGCGGAACACAGCGAUAACAACAUUCUCAAAGUUCAGGCUGAAACUGAACAAUGCAGUGAAAAAUGUAUGGAACCAGAAUCAACACAGAGCAGUAACACAGUGGAACCAAGCAGCUCAGCUCUGGACACAUCAAGGAAACCAGAGCUACUAAACUUUCUGGGUGACUGGCCUGUACAACAAACAAUGGGACAGAGAGUCAAAAGAGCUAGAAAACUAGAAAAGUCUUCUCUAAAGAAUGAUAGUGAAGGUAAAACUCCCAAUCCUGAAUUAAGUAAAGAGCAAGCAGGCCUACCUGAUACCUGUACUGUUGAAAAAGGACAGGGGGAAGAAAAUUCAUCCUCUAGCUGUUCAGAUAAAGUUGUACCAGAACUGCAAAUGUUAGGACAUUGGCCUGUCUCCAGCUCAUUAGAACAGAGACAACAGAGGCCAAGGAGAGUGAGAAAGACAAGUCUAAAUCAGUCUGAUGAAGGUAGAAGUACUGAAGGUGAUGUUAAUAAAAAUGCUCUUGAGACUUUAGAUGUGCUUCGUGGGACACCUGUGAACACUGCAGAACAAGAAGAUACAAAAGGGUUGCAGGUUCACCAACCUGAAACAGUAGCUAGUGAAACAGUUGGUGAGAAGAAAACCCAGCAAAGUAAGAGAACAAGGAAACAUCACAAAUUAGCCCUCACUUUUACAAACAACAAUUUGCCCCAUCCAAAAGAAGAGGAACAGUUGUCUUCAGCAGAAGAGAAGCGUGAUGUGGGCUCAUGUAGACAAAUAAGUAGCCAUUCACAAACUGAAUCACACGAUUUUGCUCUCCUGUGGAGAUUAGAAAAGAAAAUGCUUUUUCCUGAGACUGUCAAAGUAUUGCAUGGCAGACUAGAUGGCUUUAAACCCAAAGAUGUGGAUAAUACUACAGGUUCUCAGGAAAAGAUCCCCUACCGAGUUAUGUACGAUAAAAGCACAUUUGUGGAAGAAAGUGAACUUAUCAAUAUUGAUGAGUCUGAAAAGCUAAAUAUGCUGUGUAAGCUCUUUGAGUCUUUUUCAUUUGAAGCUCUGAAAGACCUGUAUGAAAGAUGUAACAAAGACAUAGACUGGGCCACAGGUCUGCUGUUAGACUCUGAUGAAAAAUUGCACAAAGAUAUUGAUAGUGAGUGCUUUCAAAUAAGAGAAGCUGAGCCACUUGUUGCAGACCUUGAUUUCAAGGAAAAUACGAACUAUGAUGAGAAUCUCAAAAAUGGCAAACACACAGAGCAAAUCAUUGGGACUGUUGAUAUUUCUGAGCCUUCAGAAGUCAAGAACUCAUCAAUCAGCGUUGCAGAAAGCAGGAAUACUAAGGCAAUUGUGACAGAUUCUGAUGUGUCUGACUCAUUUGCUGCUAUCUCAUUGAACGAUUCAGUGGAAAUGAAAAAUUCCAGCGAUAAAGCUCCUAGAGAUGAUGCAGACAGCUCUGCAGCAGGUGUCAUUGAGCAGACCAUGUCAAGAAUGCAGACUACGGAGCAUGCGAGCCCUGUUGAAGAAACGCGAAAUAAACUCUCAGCCUCAGAACUUGAUGCAGGUUUAUAUGUACCCAUGGAUUCAUCUCAUGGUCUUGAUGCAACUACCAAUUUGAAAUCCAAAUUAAAUAAUGAAAGUGAAAGUAGUAACCCUUCAGAAAGCAAUGCGGAGAAUGCUGAAGGGACUGCUUUGUUACUGGAAAUAGAUCGUGUACCUCUGAUCGGUCCUAAGAGUGAUAAAGAACUGGAAACUGAUAAAGAAAUGCAGGGGAGUACCAGGGAGAUUUAUGGUAAAGAAGAAAGUGAAACUGUGUGCAGGGAUGAAGAUAAAACCAAGUUACAAUGUCCUUCAUCAGUAUCACCUUCAGCCUUCAAUAUAGAUAGCCUAGAACUAACAUUAUCUCCUGAACUGGCACUCCAGUUGAAAGAAAUAUUUGGACCUGUUGGCAUUGAUGCAGGAUCACUGACUGUUGAGGAUUGUGUGGUUCAUAUUGAUCUGAAUUUGGCAAAAGUGAUUCAUGAAAAAUGGAAAGAAUCUAUUCUGAAGCGUCGGAGGAGAGAUGAAUCAGGUUCUACACUGAUUCAGCAAAUAGAUAUGAAUGACUCAGAAAUGCUGUUAUCUCAAAAUGUGGACAAUAAAAUGCAGAAGAAAAAAAUGAACUGGGUUUCAAGCUCAUCUAACGACAUACAGACUAAAAAAGCAACAACAUCAGAAAUUUUUCCUUUCAUGGAUCAUUGGAAUGCUCAGACUCAGAAAGUUUCUCUCAGGCAAAUCAUAUCUGAAGAAAUAGCCAUACAGGAGAAAGAAGACCUGAAACGUGUUCCUUCUGUGGCUAGAAAAGACUGUGCCGCUAAACUGAAGGAAAAGCAACUUUUUGAGAUGUUUCCAACGAUUAAUCAAAAUUUCUUAAUGGACGUCUUCAAGGACAACAACUAUUCUUUAGAGCAGACUGAACAGUUUCUGAACUGUGUUCUGGAAGCAGAUCCUGUAAAAACAGUUAUAGCUCAAGAAAGUGUUCAGCAAAAUGAAAGUGUUUCUUCCUACAGUGCUGCAAAGAACCGUGAGAAGAAGGCAAAAAAAGCUAAGGAAGAGGAUGAUGUUUUGAGUGAAAUAUUUCAAGAAUAUGAGUAUCCACAAUAUGAUGAUUUAAGAGCAGAAGCUUUUCAUCACCAACAAAAGAGACAGGAAUGCUUGAAAAAGGCUGGGGAAGCCUAUCACAUGGGAAUGAAGUCUGUGGCAGCGUUUUAUGCACAUCAGGGUCGCCUUCACGAGCAGAAGAUGAAAGAAGCCAACCAUGCUGCCGCUGCGCAGAUCUUUGAGAAAGUAAAUACCUCCUUGCUGCCUCUGAACGUGUUGGAUCUGCAUGGGCUCCAUGUGGAUGAAGCUGUGAAACAGUUGUCCAGAGUGCUGCAGGAAAAAUGUGAAGAGUACCAACAGACAGGUGGUAAACCUUAUCUCUGUGUUAUCACGGGAAGAGGAAGCCAUAGUCAGGGAGGAGUUGCUCGCAUCAAACCAGCAGCUAUCAGAUACCUCACAAGCCACAACUUCAGGUUCACAGAAAUAAAACCAGGCUGCCUGAAAGUCAUGCUGAAUUGAAGGGUUGUCAAGAAGAGAUGAGGAAUACAGAAACUGAGAUGUCGGAUUACAGCUAACAACUUUUUGAACAACUGCAAUAAUGUUUUGUAAUCUGUUUUAAAGGAUGGUUUUUUAUCAGAAAUAGUAUCAAUUUACGGCAAGUGGUCUUGUCAGUAUGUUUCCAAGAAAACUUUCAUGUCAGAUGGAUUUUCUUUUUGAAUCUGCACAAAGAAGACAGGUUUUACAGGUUUUGGAGUCUUAGAAAUGCAGAUUAAAAUUCUGAUGAGCAUUAUACGAUGUUUUAAAGGGAAGUUAAGGUACAGUUUUAAAAUACAACUCUUAACAUACCCAGCCUAUGACUCUUUCUUCACCUUCAUCCAUUGAAAUUGCAGUGGAUUCUGUGCUUUUGAAACGUAGUACCUUGGACUUUUAUUCUAUGAUGCAGAAUUUUGUGCUAAACCCCUCAGAAGAGCACGAGGAGGUGGAAACUCAGCAACUACUGAUAUUUCAAAUCCAGUUACCGUUGAGUGAUAAAUACAUCCAGAUUUCUUCAAGAGUCUGAUUUAGUAUUUUUAGUGGUCAUUUUGUGAUGGCUUGACCAGUUCUGUUGUCCUUACUCCAUUCUAAACUACUACUGACACUGAUGGAAAUUACAUUUAGAGGACUGUGCAUUAAGACCAGCUAUAUGUUAAGUAUUUUUUUUUUUUACAGACUUACUGUGAUCCAUUAAAGGGGAAAAUACAACACAGUAGUUACAUCUCUACUCACACAUAAAUAAUGCUGUAAUUUCGGAAAAAAACACUCAAAAAACCCAACCAAACAACAACCUAUUGGAUGAAAAGUGUUUCUUACUUUUAUGUCUUUUAUAAUAGAGCAAAAUGAGUACUGUUUCAUUUUACAGGUGUCUAAUGGUGAUGUCUUCAUUCUGUGUGUAUGAAAUUGGUGAUUUUCUUGUAGUAAAUUUGUUCAUCUGUGAGGCAUUUUAAAUGUAUUUUUUAACAUCAAAAUGAAUGCUAAUACUGCAGUAGUAAUUGCCUAACUGGAAAGUCUAGGAAUACAAAAGUUGCUCCGGUGGUGUUGCAUCAGCAUUUAAAAAUACCUGUGUUUAAAAACAAAGAUAAACAAAAAGAACAACAACAACAAAAAACUGAAACACUUGUACUUUGUCAAGCAUUUCCAUUAAGCAAUUGGAUAAGAAAAAAAAGAUUUUUCAUUGAAAUAUUUUUUAGAAUGCAUUACAACUUACAUCUUUGCCUCUUAAAAGGCAUAAGAAUUCUUUAAACUAUUUGACUUUUUAAUUUAAGCCUUUUUUAUUUUUUUCAGAACAGAUACGAGUUGUGUGUUAGGAAUAAUAUUAAUAGGUUAAGGAUUAAUAGGAGAGUCUUUCAUUUUAAAAUUACUUCCCUAGAAAAUUUUACCCAGGAACUACAUGCACAUGGAAUUUGUAUAUGAAUCCAUAUGUGUGUGCAAGUUCUGCCAUUUGUGUGCACGGGUAGUAGUAAGCAAGGAACUUCUGUGAGAAAAGCUGUGCACAGAAACAGGUUUCAUUUCAAAAUGUGUCUGUGCAAGUUGCUGACAAACUGAAAGACAUGAUGUUUCUUGAAUAUCCAUAUUUGCUGUAAUAUAUACACAGUGAACACAAUGUACAGUAGAUCUAAAAAUGAGUUUGUCAUGCUUCAACAGACACAGUUAUCUUUUUAUGGUGAUUUCAAAUGCAAGAAUAGCUUGAAUAGUAUUUAAUCAAAGAAACUCCUACUGGAAUAACAGAUUGCUGUAAGUAAUAGUUUUAUGUUUUUGUGGGUACUUAAUUUAUCCAAAUUGUUUCCCUUGUCUUUUUCUCCUUGCUGGGCUACUCUGGCAAGCAGUGUUUGAAAUACAAAAGGUAUGGGCCCCCCAAACAGCUCUAGAAGGGCUGUUUAAGCUACUGCAUGACAUCCUGUGUGAUCAGGCCCGUGCUGUGUCUUCUGUGACAGUGCCUAAAAUGGACUGAGAUGUCACAAGAUAGCAGGUCAGCUUAUCAGCUGUCCAGGGCUGCAGACCUUUGAAUUGCUUAAAUGGAGAUUGGAUCAUUCUUUUGAACAAAGAAAUUUCCUCCUGCUUCUGAGCAGAGUGCCCUUAGUGCUACUUUUUAUAAUGAAUGGAGGUGCAGCUCAUUGAGGCACAGACCCUGUUGGUUGGCCUGGGUGCAGAGCUGCCCGACAAAGGCCCUACGUGUGCCCAACGUGUCACGCCUUGAGCUGCUGGGUGCUGAAGCUCUGUGGUGAUGCGCUUGUAUGUGGGGAAGUGCCCGUGCCUCUUGGUGUUUUGGGAGGGGGCCUGAUUCCCUCAGUACAUCCGCAUCGUUCCUGACAUGGAUGAAAACAGCGUAGAUUUCAGCUCAAAAGAUGAGCAGAAGAAGUUGUUGUCUUGCCCAUCUGUUCGUCAUAGCCUAGUUGUUGACGUGCUUACCCUGGAGGUGAGAAAUGCAGCUUUUCACCUUCUUCUGGCUUAGCAGGGGGACGGCGAUUGCACUCGACUCUCACUUCCCCAGAAAAUACCAUAACCAGUGGGGUUGGGGUAUCGAAGUGCUGCUUUCUGAGCCUCUGUCAAACCUGCUCCUGCAAGCUAAAAAUUCAAGAUCAAGGGGGGUGAAAGAGAUUAAACUAUAGGAGUGCAUAAACAGGCUCAUGAGGAGGGCUAGGACUCUUAGAAAGAAGCUGUACCUGCUGAGCUUCAGUGGCCCUCCCUAUAAUUAUUUUCUCUCUUUAUUCCUAUUUGGUUAAAUGCAUAAAUACAUUCAAGGCAAAACCUCAGCUCCACCCCAACUGCAGUUUUCUCCCAUCCGUCAGAGUCAGUAGAGAAGUGCAUAGCUCAGGAGCAGUUUGGAGUUCUUCUUUCUCUCCCUCUGUCCAUUGCCCUUUUGGGUACGGGCAUGGGUUCACUGAGGUACUCUGAAUGCCUUACCUGGUUAUAAGUUGGUCAUUUUCCUAAUUAAAAGUUGUUUGAUUACAGGCUGAAUUUUGAUGUCAGAUGAUAGUUUAAAACUGUAACACAAGCAGAACCAGUCUUGCUUUUAUUGAAGUGGGAGAUAAAACCUCCCUCAGCUUCAGUGGCUCGGGAUGAGGCACUGCAGUUCCAAUUCAGAGAAAACAUGAUGAGCUCAGGCUUUUUCUUCCACGGGAGCUGAAGUGUGUGCUUAGAAACUGUUCUGAGCUGAAUGCAGAAUGGAGAAAGAUGAUGAGUGGAGAGAGAGAAAGUAGGGUUUUAUUAUUCAGGAACUCCAUGCUUUCAAACACUUGCCAAACUGUCCAUAAAAACACACCGGAAUCCUUGUAUUUCUUUGAUUGUUUGUAUAAUGGGAUGAAUAUUUUAUAGUGGGAUGAAUGAUUUCAAAUAUAGUUGUUUGAAAAGGGUAUUUGAAAGUAGGCUACGUUUUAGAACUUCCAGCCUUUCUGAUGUCUUUUGCAGUUGCAUUGGUGAGAGUCCUGAGGUAUAUCAUGUAAAAAUCUUAUUUUUAAUUAAAGUAGCACGUAGUAUUGCCACCAGCACUCUGAAGUAACGUGCGACUUUUCAAAUACCUAUAUUGUGUACCACUUUUUAAUCUAUUAUUCAUCAGCAUGUGGUUGUGAUGGCUGCUGUCCUCUUAAUAUAUGACUUUUUGUUUCUUUUUCUAUGAAACAUGUUAAUGUUUAGUCCAAUUUUUAAUUUAGGAAAACUCUCAUAUUUUUUUUUCAUGCAAAAUUUAAUGCUAGUACCAGCUUUGAUGAACAACCCUACAGUAAAGAAGAGAAAGCAAGCUCACAAGUACAACGGAGAUGGUUAUUCUCUAAAGUAAUGUGGGUGUUUAAAAUAUAUUUCAGUCAAUUAUGAAAGCAGUGGGGCAAAAGUGAUUUUUAAACAAUACCUUGGUAAUACUUGGAUGAACUUGGAUUCUAUUUUUAAUAGUAUGUGGAACAGUUUUGUUUAAAAUUAAUGUUUUUAUAGGCCUGUUGAAGGACACCUCAGGCAAAGUUUAACUUUUUUUUUUGUGGCUGUGGGAAACCAUUGAGACUCGGGAGUCCCCGUUUAGGCUAUGUCCACAUGCCCUAGUUUAACCUCGUUGUGAGCACAUGCGGUGUCGGGGGAGAUUUGUAAAGAUCGGCCGAACAUGGACUCUGAACAAGGUUGUGCUUGAGGAAGUAAAGAGUAACCAAAUCGUUAUUUCAUCUUGCCACAAAAUACGAUUGGUAUUUAAGAAAACAAUUUUGUUGUUGAUAAUAGCAAAGCAGGAUCAUCACUAAUGUACUAUGAUAAAUUAUACAUAGGCUCUCUGUUGCUCAUGCUUAUAUCUUUGAAUGCAUUUCUAGAAUAAUACUGCUCUCUUCACAGAGCUAGGGAGAGGAUAUAGCAUGGACAUGGACAAACAAGUGUUCAUCACCACAGUUCCUGUGUAUGAUGAUUACUUCCUUUUUUCUUGAACAAAAAUAUUUUUAGUAAAAAAGAACUCCAAUGGAAACCCAACUGAUCAUACUAUUUCAAUGGCAUUUCAGCUAAAUACCCUGCUGAGCAUUGAAUGACAAUGUGAAUAUGCAUGUGAAAAGACCUAGUAUUGCAGCUACCAGUUGUAAAAGCUGUUAGGACCAGUACAUUGGAAGAUAUCAAUGUCUAUUUUUAAAUUAAAAAUUAAAAAAAAUAUUUUUUUUAUUUGUAUAAAGUUGUAAUUUUGCUGUUAACUAUAACUUUCAUUUUUUACUGAAAUACAAUUUUGUAAUUUGCAUUUAGAAUUUCUAAUGUGAAAAGGACUUUACAAAAUCUAGUUUAAUAAAGAAUUUUUGCCACAAG